GUCCUUUGUUCUUCCGCGACGCGUAGACCGUACCGCCAUGAAAACAGACAAAAAAGGCGAACGAAGGCCGUUUGCUUUCUAUUUUCAGAAAGCGCGAGAGGAGGAAGAAGAAAGGGAGAAACAAACGCUCAAGAACAACACUCUCAGUACUUGUGUUCCGGGCUUUCGAGGACGGAACACGCGAAGAACGACGAGAGUAUCUAAUAAGCCGGACUUGCCAUGGAAUUCAGCUCGUGGACUCCCCAAGGUAGCACUGGUAAGGAUGAAAAUGGGCAGGGGAACAGAGCAAUCGUAGAUGAUGCAAAGGAUGUGUUGAAGCCGGCCACUGAAUCUCGUCCAAGUAACAACCUAAAACUUGAUGUCGCAGACCCAAAAGCUCAGGAGGAUGCAGUGUCCAACGAGGUUGUUGGUGGGAAAGGUCCUUCAGCGGAAGUAAACAUGGAGGCCUUUAUCACCACCGAUGAUAUUAUUCGGGCAGGUGGGUUCGGUGCUAGGGAUGAUAUAAGUAGCUUUCUUCCUGUCGCGAGCGAUUCCACAGACUUUGAAGCUGCAAUGCGCGAUGCCCGUGAGUACGAAGAACCUCAGGGAGAAACCAGCAGACCCGGUCUGGGUUGGGGUCAACCAAGACGAGCACAAUAGAUUUCUAUUAUAGCUUUUGUAUCUUAGGUGAAGGUUUUGCAGAUGAACUAUGAGACUACAUUAGGUUUCAUUUUCUUUAAAAAGCAUCAAUUAUGACUGAGCUAUGUGCAUGGCGUGCUGAGGCUCCUUAUUUCUUUAUGUUCCAGUUUAUAUGUUUGUCUAAACAAGCAAAUGCCGUUCAAAAUGUGGCCCCAAGCAUAAUGAAUCGGUUGCCGUCGGUACGAUUUCAAUUUAUAAAUUUUCACCA